AGGGUUUACAACUGUCGGAGGAACGCAUAGUCCGAGAGCAAACGAACGCCUUCACAGCCAAGCACAUAGAGAGAUACAUCUGCUACUUCAACGAUGCCUAAAUCAAAGCGCAAUAGGACGGUGACUUUAUCCAAGACGAAGAAGAAGGGCAGGGAACACAAAGAGAGCAUUGUUAAUGCUAUUCGAGAAUCGUGUGAGAAGUUCAAUUCUGCUUACGUUUUUGGUUUUGAGAACAUGAGGAAUCUCAAAUUUAAAGAGUUCAGAGAGCAGCUUAAAUCUUCUAGCAGAUUUUUCCUUGGACCAAAUAAGGUAAUGCAGAUAGCACUAGGUCGUUCCGUUGCUGACGAGAUUAAACCGGGUCUUUACAAGAUUUCUAAGCUAUUGCGUGGAAAUUCAGGGCUUUUGUUUACUGAUUUGCCAAAGGAAGAAGUUGAAAGAUUAUUUAAUCAAUAUGAAGAAUAUGACUUUGCAAGGACUGGAAGUCUUGCAACAGAAAAGGUGGAGCUACAGGAAGGUCCUCUUGAUCAGUUCACACAUGAGAUGGAACCAUUUCUGCGUAAGCAAGGGAUGCCAGUCCGGUUAAACAAGGGUGUUGUGGAGCUAGUAUCAGACUAUGUUGUGUGUGAAGGAGGGAAACCCUUAUCACCAGAGGCUGCUCGUAUACUGCGUAUGCUCGGCAUCAAGAUGGCUACUUUUAAGCUACAUUUAAUAUGCAGGUGGGGCCCUGAACAAUUUGAACUCUAUAGAGAAGGUUUAGAAGAUUCUGAUGUGGAGUCCUCGUAGGAAUUCAAAGAGGAUCUAUAAGUUAAACAUGGUUUCUCUCGAAAGCACGCUCUCCCACCUUCUGGCAUUGAGCCAAAUUGAUGUUAUCGGGAGCAUGUUUAGUUGUUCUCCUCUAUUAGGUAAAUGCAGGUGGUGCAUUCCCCUCAGUUUUGGGCAUUGUUUUCUUUUUGAGUUGACAGUUAAGUUUGCAAUAUGGAGUGCUAAAUCUCUAGACAUGAUGAAAUGUAAUCUUUGUUUGUAUGAUCCCUUACAAGAAUGCAUAGUGAUGGUUUGAAUUCUAUUAACCUCUUGUGUUGUUUUGCAUGCAAA